AUGCUAACCUCACUGAAGACAUUGGUUGCAGAGGGUUUGAAUGGUGUGGUUGGGCUAGGAGGUGAGGGUGAUGUGGAAUGGCAGCAUCCUGUUGAGCAUCUUGUUGUCCAGGAAUCACGCAGUGCUAGUGGGAAGGACUUGACAGAGCUCCUCUCCCACCUCCCAAGGCUCUCCCAAUUGAGGAUCAUAAAGUGUGAAAUAACACAACUGGCAGUGGGGGUGGAUCUGCAACACACAACGUCAGUAACAACAUCAGAGGUGGAGCAGGAGAAAGAAGACGAUGGGCUGCUGCUCUUCCCAGCCCAUCUCUCUGACUCACUACGGCAGUUGGUUAUCGAGGAAUGCCCAGAGCUGGUCCUGGUGGACACCCCUUCAACUUCUGUUCCUGCCCGAGGUGGAGGUGGGCUCCAAGCCCUGCGAUCCCUCCAGAGGUUACAAAUUCGGUUCAGCCCCAAGUUCCUCUUAUCCGUUGGCUUGUUUUCAUCUCCUUCCUUGCAAGUCCUUGAGAUUUCCGGUGCGGAAGGCAUGGAGACGCUGGAGCAGCUCUCAAACCUCACCUCUCUCAUCCAGUUAGAAUUGUGGUAUUGCGGAGAGGAUCUAAGAUGCAAGGGCCUGGGGCCUCUCCUUACCGCUGGGGGACAGCUCAGAGAAUUGACCGUCCUUGGCAGUGCUAGAUUCUUUGCUGGAUGGGAUCACAAUCCCAGGCGGGUGCUGCAGGAUGAAGGAGGAGAAGAGCAGGAGCUGCAACAACUUGUUUCCACCCCGAGUUCAUCCAAACUGCAUAAGCUUUGGACAGAUGACCCUGUGGGACUCCUUGCUGCGCCCAUCCACAGUUUCCUGUCCCUCACCCACAUGUGCCUUCGAGGGGACGAAAAGACUGAGCGCUUCACCAAGGGGCAAGAGGAUAACCUUCACCUCCUUGCCUCCCUACAGCAACUCAUGUUUGAUGCAUUCGGCAAGCUUCAGCAACUCCCUGAAGGGCUGCACAAGCUUACCAACCUCAAUAAGUUAGUGGUCUGGUCAUGUCCGGUCGUCCGGUCACUACCCAAGGAUGGCCUCCCCAAAUCACUUCAAGAAUUGGAUGUCAGCUACUGCGGCAACGAAGAGCUAAAACAAUAG